AUGUCGUCCAGAGCUUAUAAAUUCGCCCUCCCCCAGUCUGUCUUCACGCCCUUUGCCUACGUGCAGUCGCAAUCGCUCAAUUCACCACCUAAACGGGCACAACCUUGCAAUCUCACUGGGGAGACAAUGUUUCGACGCAGCGCUGUUCGGCUAGCCGUUGCGGCAGCCAAAGCCGCAGAGCCGAGUGCUCACACGCUCGCCGUCUCCAAGGCUCAGGGCAUAUCCAAGGGCAUGACCGGCGCCAUUGGCAACACCCCUCUCAUCCGCCUCAACAAACUCUCCGAAGAAACCGGCUGUGAAGUCCUAGGCAAAGCCGAGUUCAUGAACCCAGGUGGCUCCGUAAAAGACCGCGCAGCCCUAUACGUCGUCAAGGACGCCGAGGAGCGUGGCCUCCUACGCCCAGGCGGCACCGUUGUCGAAGGAACCGCGGGAAAUACAGGCAUCGGGCUCGCACACGUGUGCCGAUCCCGCGGUUACAAACUCGUCAUUUACAUGCCCAAUACGCAGUCGCAGGGCAAAAUCGACCUCCUCCGCCUCCUCGGCGCAGAGGUGUAUCCCGUCCCAGCAGUGGCGUUUGACAACCCCCAAAACUACAACCACCAGGCGAAGCGGCACGCCGAGUCGCUCGAGAACGCGGUGUGGACGAAUCAGUUUGAUAACACGGCGAAUCGAAGAGCGCAUAUUGAGACGACGGGUCCGGAAAUCUGGGCGCAGACGGCUGGGGAGGUGGAUGCGUUUACGUGCUCAACCGGUACGGCGGGUACACUGGCGGGCAUUACGAGGUAUUUGAAGGAUGUGUCGGGAGGCAGGGUGAAGAGCUACUUGGCUGAUCCGCCGGGGAGUGUGUUGCAUUCGUACAUCAGCUCGGGGGGCAAGUUGAUUGAGCGCACGGGAUCGAGCAUUACGGAGGGUAUUGGACAGGGCCGGAUUACGGAUAACUUGAAGCCGGAUAUUGAUUUGCUGGAUGGGUCUUUGCACAUUUCGGAUGAGAAGAGCAUUGAAAUGGUGUAUAGGUGCUUGGAUGAGGAGGGCAUUUAUCUGGGUGCGAGCUCGGCGUUGAAUGUGGUGGCGGCAAAGGAGGUUGCUGAGAAGCUUGGAAAGGGCCACAAGGUUGUGACAAUGUUGUGUGAUGGUGCGUAUCGGUACGCGGAUCGUCUGUUCUCCAAGAAGUGGCUGGCGGAGAAGAAACUUUUGGGUGCUAUUCCUAAGCAUUUGGAGAAGUACAUCGUCUUGCCUUAG